CCCCAGAACCUGCAGGGGUCCUGGGUGGAGCUGCACUUCAGCAGCAAUGGCAGUGGCAGUGGCAGUGGCAGCUCGGUGUCUGGGGGCAGCCAGGAGCAGGUGCCAGCCUCGCUGUCCAUCCACAACGGGGACAUGGAGAAGAUCCUGCUGGACGCCCAGCACGAGUCGGGCAGGAGCAGCUCCAGGGAGAGCUCCCACUGUGACAGCCCCCCUCGCUCGCAGACCCCCCAGGACAGCCACAGGGCCCUGGAGCUAGAGAGCCACAGCAGCGGGGAGAAGAACAGCUUCCAGUCCGAGGAGGAUUUCCUGGAGAGGAGGAGGGAGGUGGAGCGGCUGCUGCGCAAGAACGCGGACUGGAUCUGGGACUGGUCCAGCCGGCCCGAGAACAUCCCACCCAAGGAAUUCCUCUUCAAGCACCCCCGGCGCACGGCCACGCUCAGCAUGAGGAACACCAGUGUCAUGAAGAAAGGGGGGAUUUUCUCUGCAGAGUUCCUGAAGGUUUUCCUCCCAUCCCUGCUGCUCUCUCACCUGCUGGCCAUUGGACUGGGGAUUUACAUUGGCAGGCGCCUGACCACCACAGCUUCCAGCAGCACCUUCUAGAGGCACGUGGCUGGAGGAGCUGGAGCAGACAGACUCAGCUGGAGCACAGGAGGUGCAGAGGAGGGGGAGCUGGUCGUGGCGCUGUCGUGUGUGUGUCCUGUCCGUGUCCUGUUUUAGUUUAGUCUAAAAAUGGGAGGGGAGACGCUGGAGCUCCCGUGUCACAUAGAGCCUGCUGGAUCAGUCCCUGCUGGAUCAGUCCCUGCUGGAGCAAUCCCUAGAGCACGUGGCAGAUGCUGUAAUGUCCCUUAGUGCUUUGUAGUGAAGUACCUGAGAAUUAGAGCAGCUCCGUGUUGAAACCAGCCCCAGCUUUCAGCAGCCCUUGUGCUGGGCCCUGUCCCUCCCCUGUGCUGGGAGUGUUGUCACUGUCCCCACAGGGAGGGAGGAGCCCAAACUACGAGUGGCCUUACAGAUUGAUCCGGGAAUUCCCAGGGCUGGCCCGGCCCCGGGCACUUUUAACUCCGGCAGUUGUUGCUUUGUUCAUUGGGUGGGAGGUCUAAGGUGUUGAGAGACAGUGGGAAGAGAUGAGCACGUGGGUAAAACUCCAUCAGUUUGUCCUAGUUCAGAGGUAGAAUUUGGAUUUAGUGCCUACUAAAAGCUGCUUUUGCCAGGACAUUUCUUGAAGCCCUAGCAGUUACUCCAA